GAUGUAGUAACGACUGUAUAGAAUCUAUCGAUCGGCAAUAUCAAGAACGUUAUCGUCUUCAGUUGUAUUGCAAUUUUACACGUAGACACAAUGGCUCGGUACGAGAUCGGAAUCAUUGGAGCCGGUGUCUCAGGUAUCUGUGCGGCCGUUCAGUUGCAGAAGAAAUUUGGUGACAGCAUUUCGUUUACGAUAUUUGAAAAGAAUGCGGAUGUUGGAGGGAACUGGCUGAAGAAUGUCUAUCCAGGGUGUGCGUGUGACAUAUCCAGUCACUUGUAUAGUUUUUCCUUCGAACUAAAUCCAAACUGGACAGAAAACUACCCAUCGCAGCCUGAAAUUCUGGACUACCUAAAGAGAGUCACUCGAAAAUACAACGUCAGCGAGCACAUCAAAUUUCAGCACGAAGUUAAAACUGUUCGUUGGAAUGAUGAACUGAUGAAGUGGAUGUUACGAUACGUCGAUGGUUCUCUGCCGAACGUUGUGUCCGACGAAACACGGGCAUUUGAUAUCAUAAUAAAUGGACCCGGCGGUCUACGCGUCCCACUGGUUCCGAGUGAGUUUGAUGCAUUUACCGGACCUAAAAUGCACACGGCCGAGUGGAAUAAGGAAAUCGAUUUGAAGAAUAAGAAAGUCGCCGUGAUCGGCAGUGGUGCGUCUGCGAUUCAAGUCAUUCCCAGCAUUGUGGACGGUGUAGAGACUUUGCAUUGUUACCAACGAAAGCCUCCAUACAUUUUCCCCAGGCCACAGUUUACCUUCCCGAAUUUUAUGAAAACAAUUUUCAAAUGGUUCCCGUUGGUCAUGUGGUUGUAUCGAUGCACAAUUUUUGUGAUACAAGAGGUCAUAUAUUCAGCCUUCAAAGCUGACUCAUUCCUCAACACUUUCAGUCGAAAAUCGACGAAAUUGUAUCGGGAACAUGAGCUGAGGAGACGCAAACACCUAUUGGACGAUAUGACUCCCCAAUACAAUUUCGGAUGUAAAAGAGUUCUAAUGUCCGAACAGUACUACAAUGCCAUGGCUCGUCCGAAUGUAUGUGUUCACUCGAGUCACGUUGACAAGAUUGUCGAACGAACCAUCUACACCAAAGAUGGAUCAAAGGAAGAGGUGGAUGUUCUAAUACUCGCCACUGGGUUUCAAGUUUCUAAUUUCUUUGGACCGCUAGAAGUCAUCGGAAAAGGUGGCAAAAACAUACUCCAGUCAUGGAUUGAUGACAGACCUAGAAGUUACUAUGGCGUUUCAUUCAGCGAUACGCCCAAUUACUUCUACCUAUUCGGACCCAAUACGGCUCUCGGUCACAGUUCCGUCGUCUUUAUGCUCGAAUGUCAAGUAAAUUUUGUAGCGAGCGCAAUCACUGAAAUGAUGAAACGAGAUGCUCAAGUGAUAAGCCUGACAAAAAAGGCGGAAGAUCGGUUCAUGGACAAGUUGGACCAUGAUAUGAAAGACAUGAUUUGGGGACGAGAAGGUUGUGGCUCCUUUUAUGCCAAUACGAAGGGUGACAUCAUUGUACUUUGGCCGAAUAGCUCCGUAAGUUAUUGGUGGCAGUUGCGAAACACGGAUUGGUCGAAUUUUGAAUUUAUUUAAAAAAAAAAAAAAAACAAAUGAGGAGCCGCCGUCUGUUAAGGGUUUUUUAUUGCGUGUACUAAUUUUCUCACAAUAUGUAAGGACUUGAGGUGGUGUUGAUAGCGAUAAUGCGUUGAAUAAAGAGAACGAAAUAAAUCGGUGAAUUGA